GCCCUGAGGAGAACACUUUCCAGGGAUUCUCCGUCUGAUGUCCUUUAACUCCCCAUUAUACAGAUAAGCAAACUGAGUCCCAGAGAGAGGCAAUGUCUUGCCUAAAAUUCUCAUAGCUAGGUGGAACCUGGGUAUGAAUGUACAUCUGCCUGGCUCCUGAGCCUGCCUCUCGGAUGGUGAGAGUCUCCGAGCCUCGGCGUUGAACUCCUUUGUCUCAGAAGGACCGGAGCCAUGGCGUGGGAACUGGGGAGCGACAAACCUUCAGAGGAGCAGCUACAUUUCCCCUGUGUUUGAAGAUGGCCGAAAGGGCUUUCGCUGCUCCGGAAGUGUGGCAGGGUGGUCUUCGGGGCUGCAGGAAGGACAGUCACAGGAUGAAUGCCGCGAUGUGAUGAUGGGGCAGCAGCCCUUUCCACUUCCUUCCCCAUUUGGGGUCCACUCAGAACCACUCAAUGUAUGCGGAGAAAACCAAUACCUAGUAAACAGUCAGUGCUGUAAAAUGUGCCAGCCAGGAGAGAAAGUGGUCCAGGACUGCACGGACACCACAGAAACGACGUGCCACCCUUGCGGACCAGGCGAAUUCCUGGAGACCUCGAACAACGAGAGAUACUGUCAUCCGCACAGAUACUGUGACCCCAACUUAGGACUCCGGACCCAGACGGAGGGCACCGGGAAAACCGACAGGAUUUGCACGUGUAAUGAAGGCCAGCACUGUGUCAAUGACAACUGCGACAGCUGCGCCCCGCACAGCUCCUGCCCCCCUGGCUUUGGGGUCAAGCAGAUCGCCACACAAGUUUCUGAUACCGUCUGCGAACCCUGCCCAGUCGGUUUCUUCUCCAAUGUGUCAUCUGCUUUUGAGAAAUGUCAUCCUUGGGCAAGCUGUGAGAUGCAAGGCCUGGUGGUGCGGCGCGCAGGGACUAACAAGACCAAUGUCCUCUGCGAUUCCCAGGACCGGAUGAGAGCCCUGCUGGUGGUCCCCGUCCUCAUGGCGGUCCUGCUCACCGUCCUGCUGGUGUGCGCCUGCAUCAGUGAGUCCCCAGAAAGGGUGGCUGAGGAGGCAAACCCCAAGGUCUUCCAUCCUAAGGGCAGAGGGCAAGAUCCCGUGGAGAUGGAUGAAUUUCCUGGCCCCCUCCCCAACCACCCGGUGCAGGAGACCUUGCAUGGGUGCCAGCCGGUCACGCAGGAGGAUGGCAAAGAGAGCCGCAUCUCGGUGCAGGAGAGACUGUGAGGCUGUGUGUGCGCAGGAGCACGGCAGCCUGGACGAACACGCACGUGGCCGCAGAGCCUGGAGCCGCAGACGAGACGGCGUGAGGGCCCGAGGCCGGCAGUCGGCACAGCCUCCUCCGCCUGCACCGCUGUGGCUCAGAAACACUCACCUCGGGAGAGGAGCCUCCCACUCCAGCCUGGAGCCUAUUCCAUCUCCCAGCUUGCUUUUAAAGACGGAGACAAAACUUUUUCGGGGGGUAGGGGGGCAGCCAAAUAGUGAUAUCAUCCAACCCUCCAAGCCAGCAGGCCAGUGCCAGUGGUGGUUUCUCUGAGCCCGAGGGACAUCUACAUGCAUGUCAUUACAGUGCUGGUUGUGACAGCGAACCAACGGAAGCCACUUAGCUGUCCAUCGACAGGGGACUGGUUAAAUAAAACUGUAAUGUAUUUAUGCGACAGGAUCUCAAAAACACUGUCAUGGGGGGAAACAAAAAGCAAGCUGCAGAAUGAUGGGCACAAAAAAUUUUCUUUAAAGCACAUAGCCACAGAUGAUAUGAUCUGCCAUCACCUACGGGUGUGUGUAGAAACAUGCACGCACGUGUGUAAGUAUAGCCUGGGUUCUGCAAGGAUACACGGAAGGUGCACAGCUGGAUGGGGCAGAGGCUCUGGGGGAGGGCUGGCGAAAGAAGACUUUCCCAUAAGGCCUCAUUUCUUCCACCCCGAAAGGAGAGUGGAUUCACAUAACUGCUUAUGUAAUUAAAAAGUCAUCCGGCACGUACAAAGA